AUGACAUCGAGCGAUUCGAUCAUCCCGCCCUUGACUGACGAAGUUCUCAAGGCGUGGGAAGAAUCGAAGUCAAAGUUUGAGGCUGAGACGAAAUUUCGCUUUGAGAAGAAUCUUAGUCCUGAUACUGCCAGUCGCGGUGAAUGGACGAAAGCACUUAAGGGGGGUCGUCAAAAGGGGAAAAUGAAGCAAUUCGCUGAGUCUUUGCUCACCCCAAACGUGAAGAUAAUCGAGGAAAGCCUCGAUGUCAUUUCCAAAUUGUGCGAAGCCACUUCUACGGUACGAGAUCCCAACCCCCUCUGA